AUGGUGCGGCGGCGAUAUGGAAGCCUCAUCCUCAAAUCGCUCUCCCAAACUCGCAGCUCUUUCUCCUCCGUUGUUGUUUCUAGUCCCACGCCCACCACAUUACCACCACCACCAAUCACUGAAUCCGUACUCCUGCGUUCAAUCGAAUAUUCUCAGCGGCAUUUCAUCGAACACCUUGCCCCACUCCUCACCCCUUCCAUUCUCCCCUCAGAUCUCACCUCCUUCGACCUCACCAGUCGAUGCUUCUCCUUUUGCACCCUCUAUCGCUUCUCAUACCCCAAACCCUCAGUCCAUCGCCUCCUUCACCCCCUCAUUCUCACCGGCGCCGCCAACCCAGAGUCGAUUUUCAACGAACUGGCACGUACCCGGGAGCUUCUCAACGUCAAUACCACCAGCGUGUUUGAUGCUCUCAUCACGGCUUAUUGUGAACUCAAGAAGCCCGACGAGGCUCUCAAGUCCUUCUACUUGAUGAAGGAAAAGGGGUUUCUGCCAAAGAUUGAAACCUGUAAUUACAUGUUGAAGUUGUUCCUCAAGUUGAAUAGAAACCAGGUUGAGGAGUUUAUUAGGCACAUGGACACUCUUGGGCUGAAGCCUGCUAUUUAUGAGUAUAACACACUCCUACACUAUGGAGGAGACAAGUUCCAAGUUGCUUGUGUCAUGUUUCAGACAUUGAAUGAUUCAGGACUUUUUCUGGAUGCUUACAGCUAUAAUUCUUACAAUUUUGUCAUGUAUAAAGAAGGAAGGCUUGAGGAAGCAUCUGAUUCACUUGCAAAGAUGUUAGAGUCAGAGUCAGGAUUGGUGCCACAUGCAGUGACAUAUGAUGCAUUGAUUCAUCAGCAAUGCCCCGUUGAAAGUCUUCUGUACAAUGAAAAGUCAAUAAGAGCUUAUGUAGUCCACCGCCUCCUUCACCUCCUCAUUCUCACCGGCGCCGUCAACCUAGAGUCAAUUUUCAACGAACUGGCACGUACCCGGGAGCUUCUCAACGUCAACACCACCAGCGUGUUUGAUGCUCUCAUCACGGCUUACUGUGAACUCAAGAAGCCUGACGAGGCUCUCAAGUCCUUCUACUUGAUGAAGGAAAAGGGGUUUCUGCCAAAGAUUGAAACCUGUAAUCACAUGUUGAAGUUGUUCCUCAAGUUGAAUAAAAACCAGGUUGAGGAGUUUAUUAGGCACAUGGACACUCUUGGGCUGAAGCCUGCUAUUUAUGAGUAUAACACACUCCUACACUAUAGAGGAGACAAGUUCCAUGUUGCUUGUGUCAUGUUUCAGACAUUGAAUGAUUCAGGACUUUUUCUGGAUGCUUACAGCUAUAAUUCUUACAAUUUUGUCAUGUAUAAAGAAGGAAGGCUUGAGGAAGCAUCUGAUUCACUUGCAAAGAUGUUAGAGUCAGAGUCAAGAUUGGUGCCACAUGCAGUGACAUAUGAUGCCUUGAUUCAUCAGCAAUGCCCCGUUGAAAGUCUUCUGUACAAUGAAAAGUCAAUAAGAGCUUAUGCUGUCCACCGCCUCCUUCACCUCCUCAUUCUCACCGGCGCCGCCAACCCAGAGUCGAUUUUCAACGAACUGGCACGUACCCGGGAGCUUCUCAACGUCAACACCACCAGCGUGUUUGAUGCUCUCAUCACGGCUUAUUGUGAACUCAAGAAGCCCGACGAGGCUCUCAAGUCCUUCUACUUGAUGAAGGAAAAGGGGUUUCUGCCAAAGAUUGAAACCUGUAAUCACAUGUUGAAGUUGUUCCUCAAGUUGAAUAGAAACCAGGUUGAGGAGUUUAUUAGGCACAUGGACACUCUUGGGCUGAAGUCUGCUAUUUAUGAGUAUAACACACUCCUACACUAUAGAGGAGACAAGUUCCAUGUUGCUUGUGUCAUGUUUCAGACAUUGAAUGAUUCAGGACUUUUUCUGGAUGCUUACAGCUAUAAUUCUUACAAUUUUGUCAUGUAUAAAUAA